AGGCAUCAUGGUGGCCACCAUCGUCACCCUCCUGCUGCUGCCUGUGGCUGCUGCCAUCUCCGACUGCAUCCUGAAGAAGGAAGAAGCCAUGUGCCUGGAGAAGAUCGAGGAGGCUAACGAGAUGAUGGGGCUGAACGACUCCUCCCCAGGCUGCCCUUGGAUGUGGGACAACAUCACGUGCUGGAGGCCGGCCGUCAUGGGACAGGUCGUGGAGGUUGGCUGCCCUGAACUCUUCCAGAUUUUCAAUGAAGACACCGGGGUUGUGAGCAGGAACUGCACUGAGGAUGGCUGGUCGGAGCCCUUCCCCCACUAUUUUGAUGCCUGCGGAUUCGAUAAUGAUUAUCUUGAGGGGGGUGGGAAUCAAGAUUACUACUACCUGUCGGUGAAGGCGCUCUACACCGUGGGCUACAGCACCUCCCUGGUCUCCCUCACCACGGCCAUGGUCAUCUUGUGCCGCUUCCGGAAGCUGCACUGUACCCGGAACUUCAUCCACAUGAAUCUCUUUGUCUCCUUCAUCCUGCGGGCCAUAUCGGUCUUCAUCAAGGACUGGAUACUGUAUGAGGAGCAGGACACCAACCAUUGCUUCAUCUCCACCGUGGAGUGCAAAGCCGUCAUGGUCUUCUUCCAUUACUGCGUCAUGUCCAACUACUUCUGGCUCUUCAUCGAGGGGCUCUACCUCUUCACUCUCCUGGUGGAGACCUUCUUCCCAGAGCGGAGAUACUUCUACUGGUACAGCAUCAUCGGCUGGGGCACCCCAACCAUCUGCGUGACAGUCUGGGCGGUGCUAAGGAUUCACUUUGAUGACAAUGGCUGCUGGGAAAUGAACGACAACACAGCCCUGUGGUGGGUCAUCAAAGGCCCAGUGGUGGGCUCCAUAAUGAUAAACUUUGUCCUCUUCAUCGGCAUCAUCGUUAUCCUGGUCCAGAAGCUCCAGUCCCCGGAUAUUGGAGGCAAUGAAUCGAGCAUCUACCUAACCAAUUUAAAUCCUGGCUUCCUUGAGAAAUCCCAAGAGGACCCCCUGCCUCUGCCCUCAGAGCAGCAUUCACUCCCUUUGAUGAGGCUGGCCCGCUCCACACUGCUGCUCAUACCCCUCUUCGGAAUCCACUACACGGUGUUCGCCUUCUCACCAGAGAAUGUCAGCAAGAGGGAGAGACUCGUGUUUGAGCUGGGACUGGGUUCCUUCCAGGGUUUCGUGGUGGCUGUCCUCUACUGCUUCCUGAAUGGGGAGGUGCAGUCAGAAAUAAAGAGGAAAUGGCGGAGCUGGAAAGUCAACCGGUACUUUGCUGUGGAUUUCAAGCACCGGCAUCCCUCCCUGGCCAGCAGCGGGGUGAACGGGGGCACGCAGCUGUCCAUUCUGAGCAAGAGCAGCUCACAGAUCCGGAUGUCCAGCGUCAAUGCUGAGAACCUGGCCACCUGA